AACCACUUACACUCCCACCAAAACCUGAUCCAUCGCGUUAAUGUUUACAGCAAAUAGAUAGUGUGUCAAUUGAUACAAAAUAAUUACAUUGUACAGAACAGUUCUGCAAUAAAAUCGUAAUUUCGUUACAUUGUCAGUUUGGUGCUCGCGCCGAUAAUACACGUAAAUAUUAUUUUCACGAUGAGUUUGAAGUUUUCGAAAAAAAUCGCGACGUUGAUAAAAAGUAAUUCGAAGUGGUACAAUAUAAAUGAACGAACGUUGUCUCAGUUUUAUCCUAUAAAUGAAGAAAUAUUCGGAUUAUCAGAAGAUCAGAAACAGUUGAGAACCACUAUUUUUAAUUUUGUGCAAAAAGAAUUGGCUCCUUUUGCUGCAGAAAUUGAUAAACAAAAUGAAUUUAAACAACUAAGGGAAUUCUGGCGUAAACUCGGAUCACUUGGAUUGAUAGGUAUUGAGACGAAAUCCGAAUAUGGUGGAUCAGAGGGCAGUUACCUGGACACGAUCGUUGUAAUGGAAGAAUUAUCUCGAGCCAGUGCUGCAAUCGGUUUAAGUUACUUGGCUCAUAAUACGCUAUGUUUAAAUCAAAUCUCUCGACACGGAUCUCACGAACAAAAACUAAAAUACUUACCAAAGCUUUGUUCAGGAGAACACAUAGGAGCUCUUGCUAUGUCCGAAACUGGCUCAGGAUCUGAUGUCGUAUCAAUGUCAUUGACUGCUGAAAAACACGACGAUCAUUAUAUUUUGAACGGAAAUAAAUUCUGGAUUACUAAUGGACCAGAUGCUGAUGUGCUCGUGGUUUAUGCCAAACUUAAAAACCAAAAUAUAACCGAAGGAAAGAAAAAAAUAACAACGUUCAUCAUCGAAAAAGAUUUCAAGGGAUUCCAAGCAGCGCAGAAACUCGACAAAUUGGGCAUGAGAGGUUCAAAUACUAGCGAAUUGAUAUUCGAAAACUGCAUAGUGCCCAAAGAGAAUGUCCUGGGUGAAGAGAACAAAGGAGUAUACGUCUUGAUGUCUGGUUUAGAUUCUGAACGAUUGGUAGCUUCUUCUGGACCAGUAGGAAUUAUGCAAGCUUGCUGUGAUAUUGCUUUUCAAUAUGUCCACGAACGUAAACAAUUCAAUCAAAGGAUAGGAGAAUUUCAAAUGAUGCAGUUUGGAAACUGUUCUGAUGGUUCAGCGAUGUUCGGAGAUAAAACUAUGAGGAAUGGGGAACUUUCAGGAACUAGAGUUGACCCCUGGAGUGGGGAGAGUUUAAGUUGAAAACUACAGAAAGGUCAUUUUUUUUGGAGGGGCAUUACUGGCAUUACCUACAUCAGGUGAAAUGUGAAAUAAGAUAAUUACCAAACAAUUUUUUAUUCAUUCAUAUGUAAAUAAAAUCUCUCCAAUAAAAAUUUCAAACUUCGAAGAAUGAAAAUGAAAAAAAGAAUUGAAAACGGUAAUUGACCAAUUUUAUCAUUUUUAGCCAAAUUUCUGUUCAAAAAUUAUGUCUAUUCCGGGAGUGCCGACUUUGGAAAAAAGACUGGGGAGUAAAAUUUUUGAUAUUUCGCAAGUUUUUGAGCUCAAAAUAACUAGAUGAUUCACGACGUGUCAAAUUUUAUGUAGGUAGGUAGGUUAUAGGUACAUACUUGAAUUUUCAAUUUUUCAGCCUGGAAACUGUUCAUAGUUCAGACGUUCAGAAAUAAAACUUGAGGAAUGGAGUACUUUCAGGAACUAUAGAUGACCCCUGAAGUGGAGAGGGUCAAAGGUUCAAAUUACAGAAAGGUCUUUUUUUUUGAGGGGCAUUAGUGUCAUUACCCACAUUAGGUGGAAUACGACGACAAUUACCAAACAAUUUUUUAUUUACUCAUAAAUGAAUUUAAAAAAAUGCAGCUCCAUCUUCCCACUCCACCCGUCCGAAGGACGGGUAUUUUCUGCUUGUUUUCCAUAAUUAUAAAAAACUUAUUGUUCAAAUAUCAGAAAAAUACUCCUUUAAAAAAAACACUUUUUACUUCUUGAAACAUGAAUUUUUGAAAGCGUUCUUGGCCUCGCUUCAUUGAGGCUCGUUCGCUUCUUUUUCAUGUUCUAAAAUUUUGAAGCAAAAAUAAUAAACUUCUUCAUUUAUCACCCAAGAA